UGGACCCUGCCCGAUGCCUCCCAAGGCAGGGGGCACUCGCUGGCCCGUGACGGCUCGUGGUGGCCCUGGGACCCGCUGUUGUCACCACCCGCCACACGGUCUCCAGGCUCCCGCUCCACAGCUCCAGGACUGUUGCAGGGGUCUCUUGGCAGGACCAUGCAGAUCCUGACGAGCCCAGCCCAGCUGCAGCGCCUGGAGGGCAUCCUGAAGAAGAGCCUGCCCCUCGCCCUGCCGGUGUACGGGGCAGUGCUGAACAUAACCCGGGGGAACCCGGGCGACUCCGAGGUGCUGGUGGACAAGUGGCCCGAUUUCGGCGCCGUGCUGGCCCGUCCCAGAGGAGAGGUGCCAGUGAACGACAGCUACUGGAACACGCAGACAGCGUUCUACCGGGAUUUGGGGGCGUACCGGGCACUGCUGGAGACCCCCGGGUGCCAGCGCUGGGACGCCGCCUUCAUCAUCAUCGGGCUACAGGACGGGGUGACCACGGUGUCGCAGGACCUGGCGAGGGCCAAAGGCGUGGAGCUGGACAUCACCGAGUACUACACCUACGUGCACCCCGACCCCAGCAGCAUGCCCGAGCCCCGGCUGGACCCCGGCGUGCGGCUGGGCUCCCUGCUCCCCUCGCACGUGGACCUGCUGAACGAGACGUGGCCCUACGGGGGCAACGCCCGCAGCCGGCGCUACCUGGCCGAGCUUUUGGGGCGCUUCCCCCACGUGUGCGUGCAGGACGGCGCCGGGGAGCCCCUCAGCUGGGUGCUGACCGACCAUUUCGGGACGGGCGCCCACGGCUUCACGCUGCCCGCGCACCGCCGGCGCGGCCACAUGCAGGUGGCACUGACGGUGGCGGCGCGGCGGGCGCAGGCCCGGGGGUUCCCCACUUUCGGGCACACGGCGCUGCAGAACGGGCCCAUGCAGCAGCUGCAGGAGCUGCUGGGCCACCAGCGCCUGCCCGGCAUCUGCCGCUACAUCCUGCACAACCCCGCCAUGGACAAGGACGGGCCCUGAAGCCCCGCCGGCCCCUGCCCGGGGCGGGACAAGGGAGAAAAGCCAGCCCCGAAUUAAAGAGUGUUGAGGGGUCUCUGAUGGCUGCUGUGGGGUUGUGUCUCCCUCCAGCACUGACCGUUGCAGCGGUGACACGGCUUGGUGGCUCUCGUGUCACCUCCCCUGGGAGACACCCCCUGACAGGACACGGAUCUCAGCUGUUCUCGGCCCCCCCCAGGGAGGGCCUCAGGCAAAUGGUGGCACCUGCAGUGUCACACCCCCCCCAUGGGAUGGUGUCACCAACAGCUGGGGGUGGGAUGGGCAGGCACAGAGGCUGUGGGUCACCGCCUGGGCGUCCUGGUGGGGACAGGCAGUGACACACAGGACACAAGGUGACGGUGUCACGGAGUGAGUCAAGGCAUGGGGGGGGGAUGGGGACUGACAGGGGGUGACAGUGCCUGGGGUGAUGGGGAGUGCUGGGAUGUGGGUGACAAUGUCCAGGGGCACAGCUAGGGCCAUGGGGGUGACAGUGCCUGGGGGUGGUAGGGACACAUGGGGAGGUGACAGUGUCCAGAGUGAUGGGGAAUGCAGGGGUGGGGUGACUGUGCCUGGGGUGACAGGGACCACCGGGAGAGAGGUGCCAGUGCCUGUGGGUGACAGGGGGAGCCACAGGGGUGACAGUGCCUGGGGGUGAUAGGGACAUCUGGGGGAGUGACACUGUACAGGGUGUUGGGGACUGCCAUGGGGUGACAGUACCCAGGGUGACAGUGCCUGGGGUGACGGGGACCACCAGGAUAGAGUGGUGACAGUGCCUGGGGUGACAAGGACUGCAAUGGGACAGUGUGUGGGGGUGGUGGGGA